CGACCCUCCGGCCAGGCUCACUCAGUUGCGUUUCAAUCGUGCCACACCGCGGGCCGGCUGCCGAGAUUUUCCUUCCUCUUUUUUGAAUGUGCUUCCGUGAGCAGUGAUCAAGCCGUUCUCCACUCGACUGGCAAACAGGAACCUCCACCGGCCGUACAUGACCUGAACCUGAUAUAUCUUCUUGUAUUAUGGAGCUAGACUACCAGACCGCCAGCCACCUGAUUUUCAGGCAGCCGGGCGGGAUGAUGGAGGGUGCAAUGGCGAACCAACGACAGCACCACCACCACCAACAGCAGGGUGCUCAGGGCAUGCACCACGGCCUGCCGGGUGGUGACCUUAACACCGCGAUGUUGCUGUCCGGCGGAGUUUCACCACUGCAACACGCGGCGGCCGCGCAACAGCAACACGCGCUCGUCGGCGCGCACGGCGCACCCAAGAAGCCGCAGGACGACCACAUCAAGCGGCCGAUGAACGCCUUCAUGGUCUGGUCGCGCAUGCAGCGACGAAAGAUCGCCCAGGACAACCCCAAAAUGCACAAUUCAGAAAUCAGCAAAAGACUUGGUGCCGAGUGGAAGUUGCUGUCCGAGGACGAGAAGCGGCCCUUCAUUGACGAGGCAAAGCGUCUGCGGGCGCUACACAUGAAGGAGCACCCGGACUACAAGUACCGGCCGAGACGCAAGCCUAAAACCCUGCGCAAGGAGGGCUACCCCUACUCAAUCCCUUACCCCUCGGUGCCCAGCAUGGAGGCUCUUCGCGCCGGUGAGCUUCCAUUUUCUUCACGCAUGGGAAGUCAGGUGCCGCCGAGCCAGUACUACUCGACAUACGGCUCGCUGAGCAUGGCAGCCAUGGCCGCCGCACAGCAGUCGGUCAUGCAUGGACAGGUGACGAUGGACGCUGCGAUGAAGUACUCUCUAGAUGACAAGUACCGCAGCUCCUACCCUGGUCUAUCGGCCAUGUACAACGUGGCCGUGUCGUCAGGCCCUGGCGCCGGCACGACGAGCAGCCCUCACGGCUCGGGUAGCAGCGAUGCCGCAUCGAUGGGCGCGUCCGGCGGCGGCGGCGGCAGCAGCAGCGGCGCCGCCAAGAGCCCGAUGGACUCGUCGGCGUUCCAGCAAAAGUCGCUUCCGUCGUACCUGGACCCGCUGGCGCGCAACUACCUUGACCACAAAAGCUAUUUCGAGUCGUCCAAACUGUACAACCUGCAGGACCGGUUCGUGACCACGGCGGCGGCCUCGGAGCGGCCACGAUUUGACAAAUACUCUCCGUCUGGCGGCGAGGGAAGCACCGGCAGCCGCUCGCCCAACACACCAGACGUGAAGUUGGAGCAGGGCGCGUCGCCGCCCCCGGGAGGCAUCCUGCCCUACUACGCGCACCACCCGCAGAGCCUGCUGCCCAUGAGCCAGUACGCGGCCGUCGUCGCCGCCGGCCACCACUACAAGCUGGCCGCCGGCUCUGGAGGAGCGGCCGCUGCAAUCGCCAGCUCUGCGCCGACCACCACCAGCGUCAGCCCGCCGUCGGCCUCGCCGGCCACUUCGGCCGCUGGGGCCGACCUCCGACGCCCGCUCACCGUGAUCUUUUAGAAGAGUGUCUUAACCGCUCUCUCGCAGUCGUGAACGUUAAGAAAUUACAGUUUUCUGUUGAGGUCAGUGUUUUUUUUAUUAUUUCAAGUGCAAUGUAUAUAUUUAUUGCUCUUACUAUGUGAUAUUAUGUCACGAUAUUUUGAAUUUGUUACUAUCAAUCUUGUGCUAUAGCAUAUUCGACGGAAAAAUUCACGCGUGCAUAAAAUUGGUAUACAUGGAUUAAAACCGGUUUUUACCAAAGCACUGCAUUAAAAAAUGCAGUUUAUUUCGAACACUGAUCAAACAACGGGGAAAGUUUUAAUUUUUUGACAUUCACGUCCUUUGUUUCCUAAAUUCCAUUAGCGGGCUUUACCACACCAUUUACAUGACUUAUUCCCUAUGUCAUUUUGGGUUCUCUCAUUUUGGCCAUUCAAAUGGUUUUUUCCAAUGGCAAACCCAUCGCUGGUAUAUUUCUCUACUUCAAGUGAUUUAUUCAUUUUGAACUUAAUUUGCUCAGUAAAUUUCAUUGAUUCACAUUGAUAUUUUAUUUUAUUUAUUUUAAAAAUAAAUGGUGAGUAGGAGAGUUGUGCUCACUGAAAAUUUUGUUAUCAUAUAAAAGUUGGAGGGCGUGAAUUUUAGAUGAUUUCACGACCCUAGUUUAGAAAAUAUUUUCAGAUGGGUUUCCCGUCAAAAGUUUUUUACUCAACAUUUUUUUAUCACAUUUGUACAAAAAAAUUAUUUAAAUUUGAAUAUUUUCAAAUAUAAACUUAUAUUUGUUUAUAUUUGAAAAUGUGUUUAUACUUGAAAAUUUGUUAACCAAUUUCAAAAUUUGUUAACAAAUUUUCAAAUAUAAACUUAUAUUUGAAUAUUUGUUUGUAUGAAAAUGUGUUUAUAUUUGAAUAUUUGUUUAUAUUUCAAACAAAAACGCAGGACUUCUGAAGUUUUUCUGCUAACAGAGAAUAAUUAUUCUAUUCAACUCUGGAGCCAAAUAUGUCGAGUAGGAGAGUUGUGCUCAUUGAAAAUUUUGUUAUCAUAUAAAAGUUGGAGGGCGUGAAUUUUAGACGAUUUCACGACCUAGUUUUGAAAUUAUUUUCAGAUGGGUUUCCCGUCAAAAGUUUUUUACUUAACAUAUUUUUUUAUCACAUUUGUACAGAAAAAUUAUUUAAAUUUGAAUAUUUGUUCAUAUUUGAAAAUUUGUUUAUAUUUGAA